AUGAUUCCCCUGCUGUGUAUUGAUGUUUUAUCAUGUUUUAUAACUCAAAGUAUGAGGAGGUUACUUAUUGGUGUUUCCAAUUUAGUUAAAUGCAUAUUAAAUGGUUGCCAGGAUGCAGAUCGCAGAGCAGAUGUAUUGAGCAGUGAAAAAGAAGAAAUUUUAGCUAAGCUUUCUCUAUCUGAGAAAAUACAAUCAGAAUGGAGAAGUAGAGUAAGCAAGCUCGAAGAAGACAAUUCCAAAUUGAGACGAGCUGUUGAGCAGAGUAUGACCCGGCUAAAUAGAAUGUCAGUGGAUUCAGAUUUUCUUGUUGACAGGCGCAUUGUGAUAAAGUUACUGGUUACUUAUUUCCAGAGAAACCACAGCAAAGAGGUUUUGGAUCUAAUGGUUCGCAUGCUUGGAUUCUCUAACGAGGACAAACAAAGAAUUGGCGUUGCUCAACAAGGUCCAGGAAAAGGUGUUGUCCGUGGUGUUCUUGGGCUGCCUGGCCGCCUAGUUGGAGGUAUCUUGGGAGGAAGUGGUUCCACUGAAUCAUCUGCAAAUGCUGGAGCGGAUAACCAGUCCUUUGCAGAUCUGUGGGUUGAUUUUCUUCUCAAGGAAACAGAAGAAAGAGAGAAGAGGGGGUCAACAGGAACUACAAAUAAAUCCAUGGAUGAUUUACAUGAUAAAAGUCAUUAUCCUACGCCACAUUCCAAUCAAAGGUUUAGCACUGGAACAGUACCAAUUAACUUACCCACUAAUCAAAACAUCAGUUCUCUCCCUCGUGGAUACUUUCAGCAUUCCGAACAACUUGGUUCAGAGUUCUCAACAGUUCCCCUUACAUCAUCAUCAGAUAGCAAAAGUACGAAUUCAGAAGUCCUUCCCAGAUACUAA